AUGUCAGAUCCUGAAACAGUAAUCAAAGUCACAACAUCUGAUGGUGGCAUCAUGGAAUUCUACGCUCCAGUUACUGUGAGUUUCAUCACCAAUGAAUUCCCAGGGCAUGGCAUAUUUCUAAGUCAUGACCUGUUUUGCAAACCACUUAGCCAAUUUGAUGAGUUGGUGGCUGGACAGUCGUACCACUUACUACCACUUAACAACCAACCGGAACACCCUCCGGCCACCGGCCACAUUGGCAGUGACAACCGCACCGCCAUUCGACAAGGCCAUGUUCGUUCUCAUAGUGUUCCUACAACCCCCUAUCCUCCCCCUUACAGAAUGUCCUUGGACUACCAACACCACCAAGGAGUGAGGUUUCUCAACAAAACCUCUAUAGAACCUUUCUCUUGUAGGACUAGUACCAGUAAUACUAGAAAAUGCAGUAUUAUUACUAGUACUAGUAGUAAAAGCAGCAGGUUCUGGAAAGUGAGGUUGGUGAUAACUCCUCAACAAUUGAUGGAAAUUUUGUCACAAGAGGCUAGAACCAAGGAGUUGAUAGAGAGUGUUAGGAUUGUAGCCAAAUGUGGGGUUGCUGCUGGUGGAAUUUUACCUGCAUCUGCUGCAGCAAGCAUAGUGAGUGAUCAGUGGAGCCUCUCUAGCAGUGGUAGAAGUGCUUGUGAUUCCUCUAAGAUUGAUGCAUUGGUGGCUGACAUUUAG